GCCACCAACCAUCUCCUUUCGAUGACCCCACAGCUACUUGACAGGCAAAGAGAGCACAAAAGGCUGAUGGGCGAUUUUUGAAUGAUCUUUCACAAUUAGUAUCCGACUCCUAAAUAUUUCAGACAGAGCAGAGGGAUUUCUACUGUUUUGUUGCCCCAAGUUUGUUGAUCUGGCCAAAUAUCUGUUUGCCGCCCAUAUUGGCUUGAUUAAGAGAGUCUCAAGCUGCUGCCAGUCUUGUUUAGCUUGGGCAUGAUGCCACUGUAGCUUUCCCCAAGCGGUAGAGAUUCACUAUUGGAAAAGGAAAAGUGUAACCCUGGACAAAGGCCCUAUCUUGAGGCGGGGAGCAGGACUUGGCUUCAGACAGAAGUUUGUGAAGCCUGUAGGCUGCUUGGAUCUUCUUCACCAAUUCUUAGCUAAUCAAAGUACCUAAUAGCCUAGUUUGCUUUGUUGGACAUGUGGAUCCUGCUAAUGGGGUUUCUACCCCCGUCUUGGAAAAAUAUCUAGUUUUGAGAUAUACAGCUCAGGGGUAGACCCAGCCAUGGAGGGUCUUGAGCAACUUGACAUGGUGGGUGAUAUCAGCCCGGCCUUAGAGGCUACUGAGGAUUUUAUCCAGUGCAUGGAUGCACAAGGCCAAGGUCCAAGCCAGGUUCAAACAGGGAACAUCCAGCCUCCUAGGCAGCCCAAGCAGCUGCAGGAGGUGUCCACUGUGGUGCUUGGGAAGCUCAGCUCCAGCGGCGUGUGGGGCCUACUGGCCGGAGAGCAGCCAGAGGUGGGCCCCUUAGGCCUGGCGUGGGCUGACAACUUCAGUGUGUUGGGGCUUGGGAUGGGCUUGAGGCACGGCAAGAGAAGCCGGGCACGCUCCACCAACGACCUGGCAGCCCACUCCAAGGAGUGUACUAACCACAUUGCCAACUCCUCGUCCAAAUCAGCCUUCAAGAAGGGACACAAUCGCUCCAGAUCUGACGUCAACUACCGGCCGUCUGCCUACACGGACAAUGGCCUUCCCACCGUGGACUGUAGCACAUUGAAGAACAUGAUCCUCAACCGCCAGCAAGAAGCUGAUAAAAGCAGCAUUAGCAGUAGCAGUGUUGUGAAGCAGGGUGAGAUGGAGCAGCGUGAGGGGCCCCGGGGCCGCUGGACACCCUGUCAUGUCGAACUGACACCCUGCGAGCUCCGGUUGUACAUUCUGGACAGCAGCGCCAACCGCCAGCUGGGCACUGCCUACUCUCUGUCACACUGCCAGAGCGUCAUCUCACCAGCGCCCUGCAGUCAGCCUGGCCAAAUCAGCCAGCCUGCCGAUAAGCGCACUCUGCAAGCUUUGUUCUUCAACAGCACUCGUCUCCAGCUGAAGGCAGCUAGCCAAUGGGAGGCCAUGGAGUGGAGAAGGCUGAUGUGGGAGAAGGUGCAGGCAGCCAGACCUGCGAGGCAGGAGAACCGGCAGUGCAAGACGGCAGUGGAAAAUCAACAGGUCGUCAAGUUUUCCACACCCAUGUCACCGUCCUCAUCCCCCUCUCCGUCAGGGCUUGACACCAGACCUGAUGGUGAGAGCGACACCCCCACCUCAGCAGAGGCCUCGCUCUCUCUUCAAUCUAAUUCUGGCAUCGUGAGCAGACCCACCACCCUUCCUCUGUUUACCCAACCCUGCCAGGACGUCCUCAAAGCUGGUCUUCUCCACCAGCUGAUGGACCAGAACAACUGGCGGACCUUCACCUUCGUCCUGACCAGAUCUGCUUUCCAAGCCUUCCCCACUGAGGGCAGAGGGUCUGUGUCCCAACCCGUCCUCCAGCACUCCCUGGCAUCUUGCUUGGCUGUGCAGCAUGAUCAGGAACCAGAGAACGGGCAGCCGUGGACAGAUAGAAGGGAACAUUUCCAGGUAGUUUUCCCCAAAGACGUGCUCCGACUUUGGGCUGAUGAUCAACUCAAGGCCCAGGAAUGGGUGGAGAUGCUGCGCGAGGCAGUGGCGGCACAGAGGCCUGCACGAGAAGAAGGUGUAGAAUCGUGGGAAGGAGCUCCAGGCCUCCAGGGUGUGUUGUUAAGAUCAAAACCGUCUCGUGAGAGGAGGCAGCGGGAGGCCCAGAGAGCCAAGAGGCAGUCAGUCACCACCAGUUUCCUCAGUAUCCUCACCUGUCUGGCUGUGGAGAAGGGACUCACUGCUCAGAGCUUCAGAUGUGCAGGUUGUCAGCGUCCAGUCGGCCUGUCCAGAGGAAAGGCAAAGGUCUGCUGCUACAGCGGCUGGUACUACUGCCAGAGCUGCCAUCAGGACAACUCCUUCCUCAUCCCAGCUCGCCUGCUGCGCAACUGGGACACCAGCAAGCACAAGGUUUCUAAACAGGCCAAAGAAUUCCUGGAGUUUGUGUAUGAGGAGCCUCUGCUUGACAUCCAGCAGCUCAACCCUUGUCUGUACGAGCACUGUGAGCCUCUCAGCACUGUGCUACGUCUCCGGCAGCGGCUACAGUCGCUGCGGGCAUACCUGUUCAGCUGCCGGGCAACCGUUGCAGAGGACCUCCGACGACGGAUCUUUCCCAGAGAAUAUCUGCUACAGCACAUUCACCUCUACUCCAUGGCUGACCUGCAGCAGGUGAUUGAUGGGAAACUGGCUCCCUUCCUGUCUAAGGUGAUCAAGUUUGCCAGCUCCCAUGUUUUCAGCUGCAGUUUGUGUCGAGAGAAAGGCUUCAUCUGCGAGCUCUGCCAAAACGGACAGGUCAUCUACCCCUUCCAGGAGAGCGCCACCAAGAGGUGCGACGGCUGCGGUGCUGUUUUCCACACCGAGUGUCGACAGAAAGCUCAGCCGUGUCCCCGCUGCGUUCGGCGAGAGCUGCACCACAAGAGGCCGUCCUCCUUUUGGUCUCCUGAUGACGACAGCCCUGGGUGUUUUCACGUGCCUUACCAAGACCCCUGAGACACACACACACACACACACACACACACACACACACACACACACACACACACACACACAUACACACACACACACACAAAAGGGAUAUCAAUGGGCGCUGCUGGGCCAUGACAACGGGACAAAGUCUCUAUGUUUGUGUGUUUCCAGGACAGUUUUGGUCAGAGGAUGAGCUCUGAGAAUCUGCUUCGUCGUCAGGUUUGUGUUCAUGUGUGUUUACCUGUCAACACACACCUGAGAGGAGCCCGCCUCGCUCCUCUGUAAAGAGCAGGGACAUAACCAACUGAAGAACUGCUGCACCAGGCUUCACUCAGUGAGCUACUCGUGUUUAGUCGUUGAAAAUUGUCACAAAUGUCAACGUCCUCCUCCACCAUCGUGGGUCCCUUCACCUCACCCAAGACCUUCCACUUAUUUUUUUAUUCCAGGUGUCAAAAUGUGUAAAAUCACAGCAGGUAAACUGGAGAACCUCAAACAUAGGGUUGAAACAUGCUGGUGGUUUACUCUAAACAGCAUCUUCCACUUGCUCAUGAAGUCAUACUUAUGUUUUAAAAUCUGGUGAAACAUUUUCUGGUUCCAGCUUCAGGUAUGGAAGCUUUGCUCCCUUUUCUUUUGGGCUAUUGGUCAGAUAAAAGAAUAUAGAUAUAAAUGUCUCUCCUAAACCUCUGGGAGGAAGUGCUUUUCUUUGUUUACAGACUCAAUUAUUACUUGAAGAAAAAAACUGAUGAAUCUGUAAAGGAAAAAGACUCAUAGGUUUCAGUCCUGCUCAAAUUUAAGUGAUGGUCCACCUGAAACUUUCUCAAAACUGUAGCUUUAAAAAGUGGCUUUAAAAUAUUUGCAGGGCAACGGCAGCUGUUGUCGACUUGGAUUCUUGUCACUGAUGACAAUGGAAUGAAACAUUAAAGGGAAUGUUCACAUUUGUUCAAGUCUUUUUAUUUACAACAGAUUUCCAUUUAAGGGAUGAUGGAGAAAAUUCACCAGCCUUUUUAAUCCAAAAACACUUCCCACAAUUAAAGAUUCUUCAGCAGUGUCAGUCAAAUCAAGUGGGUUCAUAAUCCGCAAAUUUUUUGUGUGUCAAAUUCCUGUUUUGAGCUGCAUCUCAGCGAGGACACACCGUAACUGGGACUCAAAAAAAAGAGAAUUUUGUAAACAAAAAAGGUAUUUUUGUUUUAUUCAGCCUGUUUAAUAUACAUUUUUAACUUGUGAAUAUAGAAACUAAAUGAGUAGAAACUAGUAUACAGCUUGAUCAGGCACCUCUGAAUAUUAAAAUAACUGUAGAGCAUAGACAGGUGCAUUCAUUUCCGUUAUUUAGUGUGGAAUUGCUCAAAAUUCUGUUAAAAUCUGUGAUAUUUCUGCACAGACAGUGUGAAAUGUGUCCCUUACAGAAUCUAUUCAUGUCCUUUAUUAACAGGAGGAAGGAGGCAUGUGAGGGUUUUAAGAGAGACUUGAAAACCUGUGAACGUACCCUGGACACAACAUUAACUUUCAAGCACAAGAUUUCAAUUUUCUUUGUGGUAUAUGACAUUAAAAUUAAUAUCUUUCAGGUGUGGACCGUUAUAAGACGAGGAAGCAAUUUUAAAAAUGUGAUUUCAACUGUUUUCUGAACUAUUAGAGACCAAGGAUUUGUCUUCUUAUUAAGGAAAUUGUUCGAUAGUUGUUCGAAAAUAACUGCUACAGCUAUGAUCAUUAUGCUAGAAUCAUGACAUCGUCCCCUUUUCUAAAAAAAUCCUAUCAGACUACACGUUGCAGAAUCACUCUCAAAUACUUUACUCAGAUUUUAUUUAUCCCCUAAUUCAACUCUACCUGAGUCCAAAAGAAGCAGUGGGUUUAUCUUAUUUUGGAUGAGAUUUGAGUUUUGGGAAAAAUAUCAAUCAAAUGUGGGAAAGUUCAUUAUGCUAAAAAGAUGGUAACAUAACUUUUUCAACUUGAAAUCUUUUGUAAAGAACUCAUUGCAAACUGACGGCUGCUGCUGUUGGUCAAAAAGGAAAAUAUGAGUUCUCUCAUAAUAAUAAUAACUAUUUGUAUAGCCCUUUUCAAUACAAUUGACACAGUAUGAAAUUAACAAACAGAGAUUCUUUGAUCAGAUCAGGGAUCAUUCAGGAUUCAAGCAGAACCUUUGUAUUUGGAAUUUUAACUUAUAAGUUUGAAUUGCUGUGUUGAAAUCGUUCUCUUCCUCUUUCAUAACAUCUCAUCCUCUUCUCCCCAGACUUAAUAUCAGAGACAGUUAUUUAAUGUGCAACGAAGGACGUUUGUUAACUCACUCAUUUUUACCAGUUUCUCUAUGUAAAUGUACAAUGUAAAGAUAUUUUUAAUUUUAAGAAGACUCUCAGUCCGAGAAAAUAUUCUUCUCUCUCUCUAAAAUACCAGAGGCAAUAAUUUACUGUAACUUCUCUCUCAUUGUUGCCUUCCCCUCCUCCUCCUCUUCUCUUCCUCUGUGAUUCUUCCUCCUGUUGUGCUUUAUUCAUGCAGAAUCUAUCCAACGUGAUAGCAGCUUUAGCUUUUAGUAUUUCUAUGCAACCUAGAUGGCCUUUCUGACUCACAGCUUUCAUAUGUGUAAAGGUCUGGAAACACUUGUUCACGUUUUCUUGAAUUCUUGCAACCGCUGCAAUUCCGUCCAAUUUUAAGACAAAACUCACUGAAGUUUUAAAGAUCUUAAGUGUAUUGAUAAGGCUCCUUUAGGACACAAAAAGUAAACCACAAAAAUUUACUUUAUUAAGUAUUACAGUUGAAUGUUUGUGAUAAUUAGUGUAUAUUUAGUUUUUAUUAAGUAUCAACAACUAAAAUUAAAUAUCUUCUGAAGUUUUUCCUCCAAAAUUUUUAAAUUACUUUGUAAAUGUACUAUCUCUACGAUAAAAAUGUUUUGUCAAAAACGAAAAACCAUUUGAAAAGAUAGAAAACUACGACUUUAUCGUGUUCAAAAUCACUAUUAUUAUUGAUAUUUUAAAUUGGGGCCUUUGUAAAAUAUCCAUGAUCUUCUGCUUUAAAGAAUCUGAUAUUCUCGAUGGAAAUGUAGGUGCUUCUAAUUCCUGCAAUUUGUUUUCUUUCAUUUCAAUGUUCAUUAUUUCUCUUUCACUUCACUCUGAGGCUGAUUCUUUUUUUCAUCUUUUUGAGCAAUAAAAACUUUCACUUUCUAAUGUGAAUAAGCGGUUUUAAAAGUAAAUCAGCACCAAACUGAGUUACAGGUUUAUGAGUACAUGUGUAUUUCACUGAUCAGACCCAAACAGUUAUUCAUGUUAAUGAAGCAUGUAGAAAACUGAAGAUUGAAACUAAAUAACCCUGUAGUUUAACAUUUGGCAGGAUAAGUGCACUGAUGUGUUGAAUUUAAUGUGAUCUGUUUUUACCUUGGUUUGAAGCCUGCAGCCACGUCAGGUGAAGUGUUAUUAAGUUAUUGUUGCCUGCUGCAUAAAAAAGUAUUUUUGAUAUGUAUUUUUUAUUUAUUUUUGUUUGUUGCUGUAUUUGAUUUGUGUAAUAUGGAGUCCACCAGGUGUCAAGAUGUAUUUUAAUCUCGUUUCUUAUUUGUGCACACAGAGUUCUGCUCAGACCUGCUUCUGCCAAAUUUGAAACCCAAACUGGAAGAUUUUGUGUCAUUCAGUAUAAACUGACUCUGAAGCAGACGAGUCCGGAAAAAAAAGUCUUUCCAAAACAAAGCAGCCACAUCGGUGGAUCUGGUUCAGUUUGCACGACUAAAUAUGUCUUAAAAACAAAACAGAUUUCAACAAAACAAGUUUUCCUGUCAAAUAGGUUUAAGGGAAGGUAAACAGUAUUUAACUUUUAUAGAAUUUCUCUUCAUACUUAGAUUUUCCCUCCAAAUAUAAACUGUUUCAUGAUGAGGAAACAUUUGAUUUCAAACUUGUGUUGAACUUCAUUUUCAAGUGUAUAUUUUGAACACAAUGAGAAGUUUCUUUCUGAAGACUAUUAGUCCUACAAGUCCUGGUUACACCCAAAACGUUUAAAUGAGGCUUCAGUUACGUGACGGUUUCGGCUCCUAGCUACAGCAGUUCACAAUCCAGAUGACUUGAACGUGCCAGUGUGUGUUAAGGUUUUUUGUACGUCUCUCUUAUGUCUUUCCUCUCCCUCUGUUUCGUAGAUGUGAAGAAAGUAACAAUCCGAAAGUUAGUCUUUUAUGAUAUGUUGCAGCCAUUUUCAUUUUUCCAUGUUCAUUUCAUCAUGAGAACAGGAUGGAACUGUUCUAUAUGUUGCAGGCACAUUAUGAUCUUCGCAGUAUUUUUUACUUGAUGCUUGGAGAAGAGUAUAUUGUACAGUAUUUAAGCAGAGUAAAUGGACUGAACCUCUUCUCUACUUUGCACAAUUUAAGUUAUUUGUCUUGUUUUUUGUAUCAUUGUUUCUUUUCAUUGCAGAAAAACUCUUAUGCAAGAACAGGGAGUCGAUUAUUUAAUUUAAUCUUCCUCUUGUCUGGUUUUGCUCAAUUUGUCUGCUAUAGCCACUGAUGCCAAUAAAGACAAAGUUCGUAAAAGUGAA